GUAACGUUAACGUUAGUUUGUUGUUUCUCCACAGGAUUCGUCUGAACCAUGGGUUACAGCAUGAUCUGCGCUGUUUUACUCUCUUUUCUCGCCUACACUCAUUCUGAGCCGGUGAAAUUUGUGGACUGUGGGUCAGUCGAAGGAAAAGUUGUUGGAGUUGACAUUCAGCCCUGCUCACAACAGCCAUGCCAGCUUCACAAGGGACAGUCCUAUGCGGUCAAUGUAACCUUCAGCAGCACUGUUGCGAGUCAGACCAGUAAAGCUAUCGUUCAUGGAGUGAUCGCAGGCGUCCCCGUCCCCUUCCCAAUCCCUAUUGAUGAUGGUUGCAAGUCUGGAAUUCAGUGUCCUAUUGUUCCACAAACAAUGUACAGCUACGUCAACCAGCUGCCCGUCAAGAGCGAGUAUCCAACAAUAAAACUGGUUGUGGAAUGGGAAUUAAGAGACGACUCCAACAAAGAUUUAUUUUGCGUCAAGUUCCCAGUUCAGAUUGUGAGCUGAAGGCCAACACUGAAGCCAAGAUGAAAACGCUUACAAAGGGAUACAAUUGUUCCUAAACACCUUUCUAUGGACCUUUUAGAUCUAAUAUUAGUAGACACCGAUUUUAUGAUUUAUACUAC